GCACCAUCUCCAUGGCUUCCUUGUCGUGUGGCCUGGGCACUUGGCCUGGAUCCCUGCGGCACUGGCUCCUACCCUGUUUUGUGACACUGCUGUUGCUGCUUCCGCCUUCAAACUUGGGUGAUGGAGGGGAUCACAACCAAACAGUUUGUGGCAAGCCCUGGUGGCCAGACGACAUGAAGGAGAUCCGCCGUUGGCCCUGGGAAGUGAGCCUUCGCAUAGAAAAUAAACACGUGUGUGGAGGGGCCCUCAUUGAUCUCAUCUGGGUGAUCUCCGCAGCUCACUGCUUCCAGAGCAACAAAGAAUACUCAGUGAUGCUGGGUAGCAGCAAGCUGCAGCCCAACAGCUCUUCCAGGGCACUGAAGAUUCCCGUGGGUGACAUCAUUGUGCAUCCCAAGUACUGGGGCCGGAACUUCAUGAGAAGCGAUAUUGCCCUUGUCCGUCUUAAAACUCCUGUCACCUUCAACAAGUAUGUGCAGCCCAUCUGUCUCCCAAAGCACAACUUCAGCUUGAAGGUUGGGACUCAGUGCUGGGUGACCGGCUGGGGCAAGACUAAGCAGCACUCCUCAGACAACCUGACACUGGCUGCAGAGCUUCAGGAGGCCAAGGUAUUCAUUAUGGACAACAAGAGGUGUGAUCAUAUUUUCCACCAGAAGUCCUUCUAUCCCCGAGUUUUCCACCUUAUCCGUAGGAACAUGAUCUGUGCCACCAACUAUGGAGAGAACUUGUGCUAUGGAGACCCUGGGGGGCCAUUGGCUUGUGAAAUUGAUGGAAGAUGGACUCUGGCUGGGGUCUUAUCAUGGGAGAAGGCCUGCAUCAAACCUCAGAGUCCAGGUGUAUACACUCGCCUCGCCAAGUAUACCAGAUGGAUCAAGGAGCAAACAAACAAUGGGGCACUGCCAGGGCCCUGCAGGGCCUCCUGCCUCCUAUUCCUGUCCUGGCUGCUGCAGCUCCCAGUGCACCCAUGACUUCUCCACCCCUUCCUGCUCUUCCUGCUUUGCCUCUGCUGAAUGGCACUGUGUAGAUGAUGGAGUGAGGUUGCCAUGAUGUCCAUACUCCAUGGGAGUCAGGGUGGGAAUGGACUGGUCCCUGGAGAGCUUGGGUCCUGCAGGGAUGGGUGUGGUGGAUGACUAGGCCUUGAGUGGCCAGGAGAAGGGUGUGUGGCUUGGAAGCAAUAUUCUGGAAUUUAAGACCAAGGGCAGAGAUUAAAUCUGUGUGAGCAUGAGCUGGCCCUUUUCUCCCCCCAUGUUCUUUGGGGGUGAUUCUGAGGGUCUGGUAGAUGGGAGGUAGGCCCACCUAGUUUGGGGGCUCAUGGUUUCUGCUGUGUUUCUAGUACUGGGGCACAGGAAUAAGGGCCUGGGCUUGUGGCCUCAGUUUCUUACCCUGUAUAGUGGUCACAGUGUUGGGGGCAGUUGAAAUAUGCCAUAUGUAUGAGCAGAAAGUGAGAUAAUCCACGGUCAGACUCAGCUGACUUGCUAGUGACUCAACUCCCUCCCUCCCUGCCUGCCUGCCUGCCUCCCUCUCUCUUUCCUUCCUUCUUCCUUCCCUCCUUCCUUCUUUCCUCCCUCUCUCCCUUCCAUCUUUCCUUCCUUCCUUCCUCUUUAAACUGCUUGUGAAAAGUAUGAUACACUCACUGUAGAAAGUUAGAAGACACAUCAAAUCCUAAUUGCCCAAUCUGAGUGUUCCGUGUACAUUUGAUUUUUGAUAGGGUUUCUCUAUGUAGCUUUGGAGCCCGUCCUGGAACUAGCUCUUGUAGACCAGGCUGGUCUCGAACUCACAGAGAUCCACCUGCCUCUGCUUCCUGAGUGCUGGGAUUAAAGCAUGCACCACUGGUGCCCCCCUGCUGCUCCUCUGACAUGGCCACUGACAGUUUGAGCUGCACCUAAUUGGUUUAUGCUUGUCAAUUGUGUUCUUCAAAUCUUGUCAACACCUCGUGUAUUUUACACCUGCACAAUCUGUGGAUUUCUGAGAGCCUUACCACAAAAUAAGGAUUUGUUUGUUUCUUCUUAGAGUUCUGUUUUAUAUGGUUUGGAAAAGUGACAGCUAUACUUUGGGUUUUAAAUGAGUUUAUUAAGUAUAUUACAAGCCAGAUUAAAAGAAUAAAUAGUGGUAGGUAGAUGGUUAGAAGAUGAUAGAUAGAUAGAUGAUAGAUAGAUAGAUGAUAGACAGAUGAUAGAUACAUAGAUACAUAGAUACAUGAUAUAUC